UCAAAUCAAAAGCGAAAUGGCAUCGUGUUUUCACGGCGCGUAAAUGUGGUGUUUGUUUACGUACAGAUAGUUAUGUUAUUUCAAGAAUUAUUUAUUUAGGUUUUCAUUUUGAAACCUAUAAAAUGGGCUAUUUAAGGUGCAUAGAAGUAGAGAAUUUUAAAUCUUAUAAAGGAAAACAGGAAAUAGGAUGCCUGAAACCAUUUACUGCCAUCAUUGGACCGAAUGGUUCCGGGAAGUCGAAUUUUAUGGACGCUAUAAGUUUUGUUUUGGGUGAAAAAACUUCAUGCCUUCGAGUGAAGAAACUCAGUGAACUCAUUCAUGGCGCUCCGAUUGGUGCUCCUGUUGCCAAUCGUGCUCAUGUAACUGCAAUUUACUGUGAUAAUGAUAAUACAGAAAUUCAUUUUACACGAAUUGUAGCUGGUUCUUCAUCUGAGUAUCGGAUUGAUGGAAAGUCUGUUGGCCACAAUGAAUAUGUCAGUAGAUUGGAAAGUUUAGGCAUUAAUGUAAAAGCAAAAAAUUUCCUUGUGUUUCAAGGUGCAGUUGAAUCAAUUGCAAUGAAAAGUCCUAAAGAAAGAACAGCUCUUUUUGAAGAAAUAUCUCAUUCGAUUGAACAUAAAGAAGAAUAUGAUCGUUUGAAAAGUGAAAUGAUGAAAGCUGAAGAAGAUACUCAGUUUACUUAUCAGAAAAAGAAGGGUAUUGCUGCAGAAAAAAAGGAAGCUCGGCUUGAAAAGGAGGAAGCUGAAAAGUACCAGCGUUUAAAAGAAGAUGUGGCCAGUAAGCAAGUCCUUUAUUAUUUAUUCAAACUUUAUCAUAAUGAGCAAGAUAUUGAAGGUUUGACCCAAGACUUGUCAGAUAAAAAUAAAGAACUUGAAAAAGUUUCCCGCAAAAGAGAAAAAAUCGAAGAAGAAAUCAAAGAAAAGAAAAAAGAACAUGGUAAACUACAAAGAGAAUUUGCAAAGAUAGAGCAGCAAAUAAGAGAAGCAGAAGUUGAAUUGAACAAAAAAAGGCCAACUUAUAUAAAAGCAAAAGAAAGGACUGCUCAUAUGCAGAAAAAACUGGAGACAGCACGUAAAUCCUUGAAGGCUGCAAAAAAAGUAAAUGAAGCUCAUGAAAGUGAAAUAAAGAGUUUGGAAGAAGAACUUGAAGAGGUUGAAAAAAAACAACAAGAAUUUGAGGAGCAGCUUGCCGAAGAAUCUAAGUCUGAAGGACGGGAUCUUACACUGCAGGAUUCUCAGGUUGAAGAAUACAAUCGUUUGAAAGAAGAAGCUGGCAAACUUUCCUCUCGUUACCUGCAAGAGUUAGAUUCUGUUAAUAGGGAACAAAAGUCAGAUCAGGAUAGAUGUGACAAUGAAAUUCGGAAGAAAGCUGAAGUAGAAUCUAAAAUCAAACAAAAACGAGCUGAACUGGAAGAAAAUGUCCGUCGACUUGAAAAAUUAACUGAAUAUAUCAGGACAAGUGAAACAGGAUUGGCUGACCUUCGUAGUCAGGAGAAAGACAUAGGUGAAGAAGUUCAGGAAGCUAAGAAAAGAGUUGCUGAAAUUAAUGAAGAUCUAGAAUCUAUUUUAAAUGAGCUUGGGGAUGCAAAAGUUGAUAAACAUGAAGAUUCUAGACGAAGGAAAAAAGCUGAAAUUGUUGACCAUUUCAAGAGACUUUUCCCUGGUGUUUAUGAUCGUUUAGUUAAUAUGUGUCAACCCAUUCAUAAACGCUAUAAUGUUGCUAUUACUAAAGUUUUGGGCAAAAAUAUGGAAGCCAUAGUUGUGGAUACAGAACGCACUGGAAGAUCAUGCAUCCAAUAUUUGAAAGAGCAGAUGUUAGAAGCUGAAACUUUUUUACCACUUGAUUAUAUUGAUGCAAAACCUUUGAAAGAAAGAUUGAGGAAUAUACAUCAACCUAAAAAUGUAAAGUUACUUUAUGAUGUUUUGCAAUAUGAUCCACCUGCAAUUAAAAGAGCUGUUCUAUAUGCAACAAAUAAUGCUUUGGUUUGUGAAACUGCUGAAGAUGCCAACAGGGUUGCAUAUGACCUGGGAGAUAAUAAAAGAUAUGAUGCUGUUGCACUGGAUGGUACUUAUUAUCAAAAGAAUGGCUUUAUUUCUGGUGGUAGCACCGAUUUAGCAAAGAGAGCUCGUCGUUGGGAUGAAAAAGCUCUACAUAACUUAAAAUACAGGAAAGAAAAAUUAACUGAAGAACUGAAAGAAAUGAUGAAGAAGACCAGGAAAGAAUCUGAUUUAACUACCAUUCAAUCUCAAAUCAGAGGUUUAGAAACUCGAUUAAAGUACUCUAUUACUGACAAAGAAAAUACUGAAAAAAGAGUUAUUGCAGGCCUGGAAAGAGAAAUUGCAACCUUAGAAAGGGAAUUAGAUACAUUUGAGCCUCGAAUAUCAGAUCUUGAAGAGAGAAUGAAAGACAGAGAAAGCAGAAUUCAGGAUAUUAAAGAAUCUAUGAACACUGUUGAAGAUAGAGUCUUUGCUGAUUUUUGUCGUUCAAUUGGUGUUGAAAAUAUUAGGCAAUAUGAAGAGCGAGAACUUAGAGCCACUCAAGAAAGAGAUAAAAGACGACUGGAGUUUGAGAAUCAAAAGAAUAGAAUUAUUAACAGGCUUGAAUAUGAAAGAUCCAAGGAUACACUUGAAAAUGUGAAAAAAUGGACCAAGACAGUUGAAGAUGAUGAAAGAGAAUUGGAGAAAUUAAAAAAGGCUGAAACUACUCAAAUGCAGUUGAUUGAUGAUGAGAUGCAGAAUUUAGAACGUUUGAAAAAUGCUAAAAUCAAUAAAAAGCAAGAUGUUGACAAACUAGAGGAAUCCACCUCUGAAAUACGGAAAAGAUUAUCUGCUGCACAAAAGGAUAUAACAGCUGUUCAGAAGCAAGUAACAGGCAUGGAAACUCGACUAGAACAAAAGAAAGGUGACAGGCACAGCUUAUUCCAGACUUGCAAGUUGGAAGACAUUGUAAUUCCAAUGGUUGAGGGAUCAAUGGAAGAUAUUGAUCACACAACUUCCAGCCAACAGGAUGAUGUGGAAAUGUCUGAUGUUUCUGGCAGUCAAAGCACACAGAGAAUAUAUGAGAAAGAAGCAAGAAUAAAAGUUGACUACUCUGAGCUUUCAGAUGAUUUAAAAGAACUUGAUACUAAUGAUGAGAUAAAGAAAGAAGGUGACAAGUUAAACAAGGAAAUAAAUGACAUGUUGUCCCUCUUAAAACGUAUUCAAGCUCCUAAUAUGAAAGCAAUGGAAAAGCUUGAUGGAGUGAAAGAGAGGCUAAAAGAAACAGACACUGAAUUUGAAAAUGCUAGAAAGAGAGCAAAAAAAUCUAAACAGACUUUUGAACGUGUCAAACGUGAACGUUAUGAUAAAUUUAUGAAGUGUUUUGAACAUGUCUCUAAUAAAAUUGAUGAGAUUUAUAAGGCAUUAACAAACAAUCAAAGUGCACAAGCAUUUCUUGGUCCUGAGAAUCCUGAAGAACCUUAUUUGGAAGGUUUGAAUUAUAACUGUGUAGCUCCUGGCAAAAGAUUCCAGCCCAUGAGUAAUUUAUCUGGAGGUGAAAAGACUGUAGCAGCUCUGGCCCUGCUUUUUGCUGUACACAGUUAUCAACCUGCACCUUUCUUUGUUUUGGAUGAGAUUGAUGCAGCUUUGGACAACACAAAUAUUGGAAAGGUUGCUCGCUUCAUUCGUCAACAAACAGAAACAUCAUUUCAAUGUAUUGUAAUUUCACUCAAAGAAGAAUUUUAUGGUCAUGCAGAUUCAUUGGUUGGGAUAGUACCAGAUCCUGGUGAAUGUACUAUAAGUCGUGUUUUAACCUGGGAUCUCUCAAGGUAUCCUGAGUGAUAAUAUGUUAAUGAACAUUCUGGUUCACCUGCCAUUAUAAUGUCAUUUUAUCCAUAUGGAGGAAGUAUUUCUAACAUUUAUAUCUCAUACUGUUUACCAACAAUAUAGGAUAAGGAGUUGAACUAUCAAAAUUUGAUACUUGUUUGUAAAGUAAUUUUUCCAGAAUUUAUUAUUAUUGGUAUGUUGCUCAUCAGAAAUUUUAAAUAUAUUUUUAAAGUGCAAAUGGAAUGAACUGGAAUGUAGUACUUUUUAAUUUUCAAAAACUUUUGUCUUGCAAAAUUGGAUUUUGAAUUCAAUUAAUUGCUCUUAAACUAUCUGAUGUGCACUAAGUUUAUUAAGUAGAUAUAGAAUUUAUUUACACAAUAUAUUAUGUUGAAAAUUCAGGUUGCUUUUGAUCUAAUCUUGUAUGAGGUGUUUUUAAAAUGGAAUUUUACUAAUAUGUUAUAAGCCUCCUAUAUGUUGUAAGCCUCAGUUUUCUUCAUAAUUAUGAGCAAAAUUCUUUUAAAUCUUGUUUCUGUUUUCUUUUUGAACUUGUUUUCUGUACUAUAAAAUAACACAAAUGAAAAUUAAAAGGCCAUAACUUAAAUAGUGUUACAGAAAAUUGAAUUUCUCUUCUAAGUGCAUUGAAAGUGAGAUGUAAAGCAUAUUUUAGAAGAUCUGUCUAUAAACUGUGUCUAAUUUUAUAACCAGACAGAAGUUUUUUUUUUUUUUAAUUUUGUAUCUUUAAUUAUGUUUUUGAUUAUUCAUAAGUAACACAAUUAUUUCUCUUUUAAUUUUGAAUCAGGUUUAUCAUACGAAGUUUAGUAUCAAAAAGAAUAUUUUGAUGCUGAAGAACUUGAAUAGAAACACAAUUCUAUAAUUGUUUUAAUUGUGCAUUUUAAAAACAUUUAAUUCUAAUUCUAUUGGUUUAUCUAUGAAUCAACCUUCAUUGUUCUCUAUUUAUUUUGAAUCUCACUUUCCCAAAUUAGGGUUACUAUUUUUGGAAAUUAAUUAUUAUUAGAAUUUUUUUCUAUCUUAAACAUUUCACAAAUAUUAUUUUAAAAUUGA